AAGAUAGCGUCGGUGUAUGACAAUGGAGUCUAUCGACCUGACCACAGGUCUUGUCUUGGUCUGUUCGUUCAUGCUGUCACUCCUCUGUCUCCGGACAUGGGUGGGACACCGCGGCCGUCCCGACAAGUUUCCCCCCAGCCCCCCUGGGCUGCCGCUCCUGGGGAACCUGCUGUCUCUGAUCCGGGAGCCCCACCUGCAGCUGACGGCGUGGCGGCGCCGGUACGGAGACGUGUUCAGUCUGCGGAUGGGUCCUCAGGACGUGGUGGUUGUGAACGGGUGUGCCGCCAUCAAGGAGGCCCUGGUCAUGAAGGGCGCGCACUUCUCGGACAGACCCGCGCUGUUCCUCACGGAAGCGAUUUCAUCAAGGAAAGGAAUCAUCAUGCGAAAGGAUGGUGAUGACUGCCAAAGCAUCCGACGAUUCGGUCUCUCCAGUCUUCGUUACUUCGGUGUCGGCAAAAAAACACUGGAGCCCAGCAUUCAGCAGGAAUGCCGUCGACUUUGUCAGUCAUUUAAGCAAAUGGAGGGAGAGCUUUUUGAUGCCACCUGCUUCCUUCGAAUGGCCACCGGCAAUGUCAUCAAUGCCAUCGCACUUGGAACACGGUUUGAGUCAGAUGAUCCCGAUUAUCAGGAACAAUUAAAGCGGAUUGAUAUUAUUUUCAAGCUGUUUCUUCAGGCCCAGAUUCUCAACUUUUAUCCAACCUUAAGAUACGUCCCUGGCCUUCGUGGGUUGACAAAAAAGUGGAAAGAAGUGAAUUCCCUUUCGAAACAGUGGUUGCAAAAGAUAAUCGAGGACCACAAGAAGACCUUCGACCCUUCCGAGACCCGUGACGUAAUUGACAUGUGCCUACUGGAAGUAUACCAAUGCAAAGGAAGCAAAGCCCUUUUGAAAGAAGACAACAUUAAGAACACCAUAGCAGAUUUCCUCGCCGCCGGUACAGAAACGUCUGCGACGACUCUCUCUUGGGCACUGCUCUACCUCGCGCUCAACCCUGCCUGGCUGCGGAAUGUCCAGGAGGAGCUGGAUGCCGUGGUAGGAAGUGAUGAAAUCCCGCCGUACUCCAGACGUGAGGAGUUGCCCUACACAGAAGCGACCAUCCUGGACCUGGAGAGUCAGCGAAUCCGCAACACGGUUCCCCUGUCCGUGCCCCACUGCACCUCGUCCCCGACCAGCCUACAGGGGUACGACAUCCCUGCACACACCCAGGUGUGGGUUAACCUGUGGUCCGUCCACAUGGACCCUGCCUACUGGUCCCAGCCGGACACGUUCGACCCCGGCAGGUUCCUGGACGACAACGGGAGGGUCCAGGUCCCAGAGUCCUUCAUGCCAUUCUCCACAGGAAGACGAAUUUGUCUCGGCGAGCAGCUGGCCAAGAUGGAACUUUUCCUGUUCCUCACGUCCCUGUUGCAGAAGUUCACCUUCAAACUGCCAGAGGGCGCGCCUGUACCAGACAUGUCUGGAGAGAUCGGAUCUACUCUCCUGCCCAAGCCUUACAAGAUACAGGCCAUUUCUCGCAAGAUUUAGAAGUAAUGACAUAAAUAAUCUCAGAAGUUGAUUAAAAGAAGGGACAUUUUCAUUUUGAUACACGUUAUAUCUACAUGGAUAUUGUGUAAAUUGUAAUACUGAAGGUGCAAAAGGGCAAAAUGUCUAUGAUGAUAUCUCAGGAUAGAACAGCGCAACAUUCAAAACCAAGCAGAUAAGCACAGGAAAAUUGUCAAACUGAUAGUUGGAUACAAAAUGCCAGGAACAACAGCGCUAACAUGUUGACUUGAUUCUAAAUAGUGCUAUUUUUAUGAUUUUGUUAAUGGUAUAGAUGACCUACGUCAUAUUCGAAGAAU